AUGGAUUCUUCUGGGGUAAAAUUUUCCGGAGGUAAACUAGUCCCCCGUUCGGAUCUCCGGGUGGGGACUACCUCGGGGAACUCAUGUCGUAUAAAGUCAAAACGCGGGAGAGACUUCAAAGUGGGUACGUGGAACGUCCGAAGUCUUUACAGACCUGGGGCGUUUCAAUCGAUGGUCGGGGAGGUCGAAAGGUACGGGGUAGAAGUUGUCGCGUUGCAAGAAACAAGAUGGGCCGGGGAGGGUUCGCUUAAUGCGGGUUCGUACACGCUUCACUAUGGAGGGUCGGAGAUCCAUAGUCUUGGCAUCGGUUUUAUGAUUAAUAGGAAAAUCUUAUCCGCGGUAAAAGACAUUAAAUUUAUAAACGAAAGAUUAGGAUUGCUCGUUGUGCAGGGCCGAUGGUACAAGAUCGCGAUAAUCAACGUACACGCGCCGACGGAAGAUAAAGAUGGCGAAAUUAAAGACGGGUUCUACGAAGAACUCGAACACCUCGUGGAUCAAUUACCGAACGAUUACAUGAAAAUAGUCGUGGGAGAUUUUAACGCGAAAAUCGGUAAAGAGGACAUUUUUAGACCAACGAUCGGGCUCGAAAGUUUGCACGAGGAAAGUAACGAUAACGGAGUGAGGGUAAUUAACUUUGCGACCGGCAAAAAUCUUAUCGUCAAAAGCACGUAUUUUAAACACAAAAAUAUCCAUAAACAAACUUGGAUUUCCCCGGAUGGAGGCACGCGUAACCAAAUUGAUCACGUUCUUGCAGAUAAACGGCGUCACACGAACGUACUCGAUGUCAGGUCUUAUAGGGGGGCGGAUUGCGACUCGGAUCACCUCUUUGUAAUUGCCAAAAUCAGGGAACGUCUUUCGCUAAACAAAACUAACGGGCAGUUGUUUGGAACUAAACGUCUAAAUGUACAAGGUUUGAUCGAGGGAGAAAACGGAAUAAAAUACGCGGUCGAAGUAACGAAUAGACUCGCGGCUUCAAAGGAAAUAGAUGAAUCGGAUGAUAACACGGUUGAUAAACACUGGGAAAACGUACGAGACGCGAUAGUAAAAUCGGCGGAGGCCACGGUUGGUUUUUGUAAAAGGAACAAAAACAAGCCGUGGUUUGACGAAGAAUGCGUAAAAAUUGUUAAAGUACGAAACGAAGCGCGCAUCACGUGGUUGGCUCAAAAUACGAAGGAAACUCGGGAUCAGUUUCUUAAGAUUAGGCAAGAGGCUCAUAAUAUGUUUAAAAUUAAGAAGCGUCAAUACUUAAAACGUAAAAUUGAAGAAAUAGAUGAAAAUUGUAAAAGCAGUAACGUACGAGGCACGUACAUGGGGAUAAAUAAUUUUAGAAAGGGAUUCCAAGCUAGGACGGAAAUGGUGAAAGAUGAGAACGAUAAUUUAGUUACGGAUACAACGGCAGUUUUAAACACAUGGAAAAAUUAUUUUGAUCGGUUAUUGAAUGUCGAAUCUGAAAACGACCGGGAAAUAGAGAAUUUUGAGUAUCACACGGCUGAACCUAGGAUUAACGAACCGACAAUUUCAGAAGUAGAAAGCGCGAUUAAAAAAUUAAAAAAUCACAAAGCACCGGGUAAUGACUUGAUUCCGGCGGAACUGAUUAAAUGGGGGGGAAGUAGAUUGAUAGAAGAAAUUCAGAAAUUAAUUAUCUUAAUAUGGAAUAAAGAAGCAUUGCCGGAACAAUGGAAAGAUUAUGAGAUAAUUGGAGAUCAUCAAUGCGGCUUUAGGAGAAAUAGAUCGACUGCGGACCAAAUCUUUACUAUUCGGCAAAUCUUGGAGAAAAAAUGGGAAUUCGACCAAUCGUUUCAACGAUUUGAGAGUGGUAAUUAUGAUGUGAAUGAUAAACAACGCUCAAGUCAACCGAAAAAGUUUGAAGACACCAAAUUGCAAGCAUUAUUGGAGGAAAAUUCAGCUCAAACGCUCCAAGAAUUGUCUGCAGCAUUAAAUGUUCUCUCCGAUACUCCGAUAGCUGUUUCCAAACGUCUACAUGUAAUGGGAAAGAUUCAAAAGGAAGGAAAAUGGGUAUCACACGAAUUAACCGAAAAUGCCAUUGCGAAUCGCUUAAACAUCUCUAUUUCUUUGCUCGCCAAACAGAAAAAAAAAGAGUUUUUUGUGGCACAUUGUGACUGGCGAUGA